AUGCUGACAGUGGGCAGUGUUUUACUGCUUAUGAUAGCAGCAUCUGUUGCCAACAUAGGCAAGGAUCCUACUCUUGAUUCAGACUGGGAACGCUGGAAGACAAUCUACCAAAAGCAGUACAGCAGUGAGGAGGAAGAGCUUUCUAGGCGCUUGAUCUGGGAAAAAACCCUGAAAAUUGUUACAGUUCAUAACUUGGAAGAGUCAAUGGGAAAGCAUUCAUACACAAUGGCCAUGAAUGGCUUUGCAGACAUGACAUCUGAGGAAGUAACGGCUACAAUGACAGGGCUCAGGGUAUCUGACUCAGAAAUGGAUAACCUUACAGUUGAUUGGCCUCAAGAAAGUAUUCAGGAUCAGGCCCCAGACUGCAUAGAUUGGAGGAAGAGCGGUUAUGUCACCAAUGUCAAGAACCAGGGAUCUUGUGGUUCUUGUUGGGCUUUCAGUGCUGUGGGGGCCUUGGAAGGACAACUGAAGAAGAAAACAGGGCGUUUGGUGUCACUUAGUCCCCAGAACCUAGUAGACUGCUCCUGGAAAUAUGGCAACCAUGGUUGCAAUGGAGGCUUUAUGACUAAUGCUUUCAGAUAUGUUAUAAACAACCGUGGCAUUGACUCAGAAACGUCGUACCCAUAUGAAGGUCGGGACAAGAAUUGCCGUUAUAAAACUUCUGGACGGGCUGCCACCUGUGUCAGUUAUAAAAAAAUACCUAAGGGAAGUGAAACUUAUCUUGAAAGAACAGUGGCUUCAGUGGGACCAAUAUCUGUUGGUAUAGAUGCAAGUUCGAGAUCCUUCCAACAAUACCACAGUGGUGUGUACUAUGACUCACAAUGCAGGUCUUCACAUAUAAACCAUGCCGUUCUUGUUGUGGGAUAUUGUGUGGACAGAGGUGUGCCAUACUGGCUCGUCAAAAACAGCUGGGGAACCAGAUGGGGUGAUCAAGGUUAUAUCCGGAUGGCAAAAAACAGAGGCAACCUUUGUGGAAUAGCUUCACUUGCCAGCUAUCCACUGAUGUGA